AUGAGACUCAAAGCAUUAUUCGUCAUCUUCUCACUGAGAUUGCCUAUCUGCAUGGCCACACCCGUUCCUCCCUGUAACAUGGCUCCCCUCACGAGUGCAGAUAUCGCCAUCAUCGCCCCCGACAGCAUAUCAUGCACAGAAGCAGCAUACCCUGCCGAAUGCGCGACAGCCACACACGCCGCACCAUAUAUCAACCUCGCCUUUACCACCUUCUCCAUUCACGAUUUUGGCACACAAGCCUCCCUACUCGCACUCAUACUCUACGAAUCCGGCUCUUUCAAAUACAACAUUAAUCAUUAUCCCGGUGUACCUGGCCAAGGCACCCGCAACAUGCAAAACCCAGCCUUUAACCUCAAAUACGCACAGUGGCUGGCUGCAAACAUGACGGAUUCGGGUAUAUCAGUGCAGCAGGUGGAAAAGGCGGAAGCAGAAGGUGUGGUGCAAGUAUUGGCGCUUGUCAACAAUGAUCGCUGGGGCUUUGCAUCAGCGGCGUGGUUUUUGGUGACGCAGUGUGAUGGAGAGAUUAGGAGAGGGCUUGCGGGUUUGACGGAGGAGGGUUGGAAUGCAUAUCUGACUGAUUGUGUGGGCACGACUGUGACGGAUGAGCGGACUGCAAUCUGGAAGGAUGCUACUGCUUCGGGGAAGUGGUGA